AUGUUCCCUCGACGCGAUGCCACCGCUUUGGCCAAGAUCCAGCAGAAGGCCACUGCCGAAGCCAAGAAACGCGACAUCGAGGAGCUGGGCAAGAAGAUGAAGGCAAAGGCUGGAAAGUCUGUAUUACCCGAGAAGAAGUCCGAGGAGAAGGAGAGAGCUGCUGAGGUUCAUAACAAAGUCAAGAAGCGCGUCGUCUCGAAGAAACAGAGUGCGGUGAAUGCACUGUCUACCGAUACACCAGCCAAUCCGUCUGUUCAUGUCGGCGGGUACGAUCUCGUGCCCGGUCCGCACCGUCCCAACUCGUACAAUCGCGAAGGCAAAGCUGGUCUGAAGAGUAAGAUCGUCAAAGUCGAGGAGAAUGGUGAUCUUGUCUUUCGCGCUAUCGUCCAGUGGCAGGAUGUAGCUGUUCUAGAGUGGGCUAUGCGAAAGGCUGGUCCCAAAACGACAAAAGAGACGUACGCACAGUACGAGGAUGCCUCAGGCAUCCUGAGUGCAUCUGAUUUGGGAGACGAGACGCUGGUGGAGUGGAAGGGCAAGGGCGGUGACGAGGUCGUCGUCAAGACGCGUGAGGUGAGGACUGUGUGGUGGCAAGUGAAGAGCCCGGUGGGCGUGUGGAUUGAAGUCGAGAUGACUGGUCCGAAGAAGUCGGGAUUCCUCUCUCGGAUGCCUUUCUCCUGCCAGGAUGUGGCGAAGAAUGUGGUGAAGAUGAUGAACAAGAAGUUGAGGCAGGGCAGGACCGCUGAAUCGGGCUAUAACCAGCAUGAGUAG